UCGCCGCGGCUCAGCUUCACGCACUGAGAGCAAUGCUGAGUGAGGAGCGGCUGCUGCGUCUCUGCCGAGGAUUCCGCCUGAGAACUGCCACGAUUACCACACAUAUGGAAAGAACAGGAUAAGGACCUGAUGAUUUUUCCCCCGUCCUCCCCGCCUGUCCUCUGUCCUCUGUCCUCUACCUCCAUCUCUCUGUCGUAUGGGAAGCGCGCGCUGAGAGGGAAACACACUGCAGCUUCAUGGCACUAAGCUAUGAUUCACUCUCUUGCAGCAGCAAUGAGCAACCAACUUCAAAACACCUCCUCUCUGAACACGGUUGGCGUGUGGAAUUUCCAGGACGCACGCAACUCGUCACCUGUGCACACUGCAGACCUGCAGCCCCUUACCGUUAGCCCUUGGGACAUUGCGCUGUGUGUGACGGGGACACUCAUUUCCUGCGAGAAUGCGAUUGUGAUCGCCAUCCUGUUCUACACGCCCACCCUGCGGGCGCCCAUGUUCGUCCUGAUAGGGAGCCUCGCUUUCGCGGACCUGCUUGCAGGCCUCGGCUUGAUUCUGAACUUUAUCUUCAUCUACAUGUUCAACACAGAGUUUGUGACGCUGGUCUCAGUCGGGCUGCUCAUUGCUGCAUUCUCUGCCUCCGUACUCAACAUCCUGGCUAUCACAGUAGACCGCUACCUGUCUCUUUACAACGCACUAACCUACAACACAGAACGUACGGUGACUUUCACAUAUGUGAUGGUGGUGUUCAUCUGGCUGGUGUGCAUCACGCUUGGUCUGCUGCCUGUGCUUGGGUGGAACUGUCUCCAGGACGAGGCCCACUGCAGUAUUUGUCGCCCGGUCACCAAGAACAACGCCGUGGUCCUUGCAGUGACUUUCCUACUCGUGUUCGCGCUCAUGAUGCAGCUCUACCUACAGAUUUGUAAGAUUGCCUUCCGUCACGCGCAGCAGAUUGCUGUACAGCACCAGUUCAUGGCUAUUUCCACCACUAAAGGGGUAUCUACACUUUCUGCCAUUUUGUGCACUUUCGCCGCAUGCUGGAUGCCCUUCGCCAUGUAUUCAAUUGUUGCGGAUUCUAGAUACCCAAUGAUCUACACAUAUGCCACAGUACUGCCAGCGACGUGCAACUCGGUCAUAAACCCGAUCAUUUACGCCUUCAGAAACCCAGACAUUCAGAAAUCUCUGUGGCUAGCCUGCUGCGGAUGUGUCCCAGCCAAUUUCUCCCAACGCCCAAGGACAUCAAGUGACGUAUAGGCCAGAUAAUAUAUGAUUUAAUGAGCUUUCACGUUCAUAGUGGGAGAUGGAAUUUGUCCAACCCAUCUCUCUGCUCUU